ACCUCUCUUCUUUUAUAUCACUCUCUCCACCUCUCUCUCGAAGGAAUUUUUCUUCGUCUUCUUCUCCUCUCUCUCUCUAUCACUUUCUCAUAAAUUGGGGGCCUAUUUUAAUACUUCACAUCUUCUUAUUCUUCCUCAGUACUCUGUCUCCUUCUUCUUCAUUCCUUCUGUCCUCAACCCAAUCAACGCCGCCGCCACCACCACCACCACCAAUACUACUAAUAGACUCAACAAUCCGGUCGACGCUCACAGUGACGGCAGUAACAGCCAGGGCUUAUCAUGGAGCCAAUGGAAUCAUGUGUUCCUCCUGGAUUCCGGUUUCAUCCAACGGACGAGGAGCUAGUUGGAUACUACCUAAGGAAGAAGGUUGAGUCACAGAAGAUCGAUCUUGAUGUUAUUAGAGACAUUGAUCUUUAUAGAAUUGAACCAUGGGAUCUACAAGAGAAAUGUCGGAUCGGGUACGAGAAGCAGAGUGAUUGGUACUUCUUCAGUCACAAAGAUAAGAAGUAUCCGACCGGAACACGAACCAAUAGAGCAACCAUGGCAGGGUUUUGGAAAGCAACAGGAAGAGACAAGGCUGUGUAUGACAAAUCAAAGCUGAUUGGGAUGAGAAAAACACUUGUUUUCUACAAAGGAAGAGCACCAAAUGGACAGAAAAGUGAUUGGAUCAUUCACGAAUACCGUCUUGAAUCCGACGAGAAUGGACCACCCCAGGAAGAAGGAUGGGUGGUUUGUCGUGCAUUCAAGAAAAGAACAACUGGGCAAGCCAAGAGCAUUGAAGCCUGGGAUUCAGGUUACUUCUAUGAUGAAACAAGUGGAGUAAGUUCUGUAAUUGACCCAAUUGACUACAUAUCAAGGCAGCAGCCACAGAGUACUUUUUUGGCUCAGAAUUACUUAUGCAAGCAAGAAAGAGAACCAGAAAACUUGAGCUUCAUGCACCAGCCAGAUAGCUUUGUACAGCUACCUCAGCUUGAGAGCCCAUCUCUGCCGUUGAUGACGAGGCUGUCAAGCUCGAUAUCUCUCAUCUCAUCAUCGGAGAAUAAUAAUAAUAACAAUAACAAUGAAGAACAUGAUCUUCAAGAACAGAUGAAUAGAGGUUGUUAUGAUAAUUACAGCAACAAGAACAAAGUGACUGACUGGAGAGCUCUAGACAAGUUUGUUGCAUCUCAAUUGAGUCAUGAAGAUCAAAGAUACGAUGGGGGUGGCGGUGGUGAUGGAGUUUCAAGCUUUGGAGCACAUAAUGGUAAUGAGAAUGAUGAAAUGGCAGGAAUCUUGUUAUUGCAGACUGGUUUAUCAAGAGACGAAGGAAACAAUGAGCAGUUCAUUACUGAGUUGUUGAGUUCAAGCUCGGACUGUGAUAAUAUUGGUAUCUGCGUAUAUGAUAAAUGAAGAUAUAUAGAUAUAUUAUUUAAGGAUAUAUGACGAGGGUUUUAUGAUUUGUAGUAUACUAUGAAUGUUUGAAGAAAUUUUCGUUUGUAAGAAUAUGGUUUUGAAUAAGUGCAGAAACUCCCCUUUCUCUCUA